UCUGUGUUUUGCUGAGACUUUGGACAAGGUCUCACGAGAAUCCCAAUUAAGGAGCUAAUGCUGAAUAUAUUUCCUUAAAACAGUUGGUAAACCAGGCAUGUCUAAGGCUUCUUGGCAAACACUCAAUGUUUACGUCCAAAAUGGCACCCUAUUUCCGAUGUAGUGUACUACUUUGACCUGGGCCCGUCGUGCAUUAUGUAGGCUAUAGGGUGCCAUUUUGGACGCCCCCACGUCACGUCCGAAAUUGUAUUGAUUAUGAGGGAUGCGGGGGAUGGAACGGUUGCCUAGAUUCUAAAAUAAGGGCAGGGCAUUGUAGCCUAGAGGUGUGUUGUUUUUCAUGGCGGGUCAAUGUUUUUAUUGAUAGACGCAGUGUGGAUUGAAACAUGGAGCGGGAGAGCGCCUGUUUUUAACAAGGUUGACAAGGUUCAAAUCAAUAAAACACCCUUAGCAUUGACCAAUUUAUUACAUUAGUAAACUAAGAAAGUCCUACUUCUAUUCUUGAUACUGUGAGAAAUUGAUCCACAAACUAGGCCAAUUGCUCCUGGACAAAAGCCGUUCUUGUGUUUUCUGGAACAACCCGAUCCUCGCAUAGACUCAGCACCAUGGACAGCUAAAGGAGAGGAUAUAUUCAACGCCGCGAAAUCCAGGCUUUGAUCCCGAUUCCAUUGUGAUUUCACAGGAGAAGGUGACCUGCUCUGACGUAAUCAACAACGCAUGAUUGUACUGCCUCAAACCUGUACGGACCGCAAAGAACAUCUCAGCGACAGCGAGGCCUUCGCUUCAUACAACUCUUGACAGUUCUUUCCGAUCUAAACCUAACAAUGGCGUUGCCGUUGGGAACAUAAGGUCGGUAGACCUCUUCGCGCUGAAGUACAUUACCCCGUUGACCCAAUUUAUUCUGGGUCAGUCUUUGAUGUCUUGUAGAGAAAAACAACACAUAGGUCAGCAUGUGAAACGAACAUAAAAUGAGAAAGUACUGCAGUCAGUCGUGUGCGAAUGUUUAACAACAUAAAUAGAGCGAAUUCAAUGCGUAGUAUUCUAGCGGUGUAUCUAUCCUGUCAUUCUAAUGUUAUGUGCGCAUGCAGGCUUUGUGAGGCUGGUCAUUCUUCUCUCUGCUGCUACACUGAGCUGUGACGCUGUGAUAUUAUCACUGGGGAGACUCCAUGACACUUCACUGAGCUGUGACGCUGUGAUAUUAUCACUGGGGAGAUUCCAUGACACUUCACUGAGCUGUGACGCUGUGAUAUUAUCACUGGGGAGACUCCAUGACAAUUCACUGAGCUGUGACGCUGUGAUAUUAUCACUGGGGAGACUCCAUGACACUUCACUGAGCUGUGACGCUGUGAUAUUAUCACUGGGGAGACUCCAUGACACUUCACUGAGCUGUGACACUGAUAUUAUCACUGGGGAGACUCCAUGACACUUCACUGAGCUGUGACACUGAUAUUAUCACUGGGGAGACUCCAUGACACUUCACUGAGCUGUGACACUGUGAUAUUAGUAGUAUCUUCCUGUAUGGUACAGGUCCUGCUGAGAGCACAGACACAGAGAUGAAGCCUGUGUGCUGCUCAGCCUAGACAGUGGAUAGGGUGUCACUAACCCAGAUCCUGUUGCGGACGCUAGCCUACUGCUGUUGACAACGCCAUCGUCACUAUGACCAGCCUAGGGAUCCAGCAACGUCCCACUGACCACAGACAGAUAGGGAGGACUCCUUUACUCCUGUCUCACAAACAGAGGUCCUCCUCCUCCCUGCCCCUCCUGAAACGGCUGCACCAGGCUGGGGGGCCGUAUGCUGUCGCUGAGCCCCAGACAGACCCGCCAUCGCUGGGUGACUACUUCUCCCUCCUCCAGCGACUGAAAGAGGAGACUUACAUGUACAAACAGAACAAGGAUCUGAAACAGGUACAGAGCAGGACGCCAUGGUGUAAGCAACAGCCUCACUCUCCACCUCUGGCCAGUCCUCUUCCCAGAGGCCCUAGCAGCAGAGUCCCACCACUUCCCGGAGUUCCCAGUAGCAGCAGCAGGGUUUUACCGUCGGGUCGUACCCAGCGUAGACUGAGCCAGCACUCCAGCCACAAGAUGGCGUCCUCCUCCCAGAAGAGUAAACACACCCCUGCCAUCAUCAAGGGCCAUCGCCACUUAAGCUACGGAGGAUCCGUCCCACCGGAGAACAUCACCAUUCAACAGUUUUAUGACCUUACACCAACCAAGAAAAGUAACGUCCGCCUCAACGACCAGCUUAUACCAAAACCAACGGACAUCAACAUCGGAGAGAUAAUGAUAAAGGUUCCAAUUCCAAAAGAACAUCCGUAUCAGGCCCACAUCUCCCGCUUCGCCCUGUUCCCAACGUUCCGCUCACCAGACGACCCCGACACAGGCGUGAGAGCUGCGUCCCUACGACCCCUGAACCCCCUCGUCCCGUCCUCUGCUCCAGAGGUCACCGUGCUGAAAAAGACAAAAGGAGGUCCUUAUCGUCAUGAGGUACUGGAGUCACCCAUGACAACCAGGAAGAAAACCAUCUCAUGGCCAGGACAGCAUGGCUUCCUGGAGCACCCCAAGCCAGUUAAGGGCGAGGCCCAGACCCAGGUAUUCUACCCUAAGUCCCAGAAGACAGUGUUUCCCAACCCCACAUUGCGUGACUGGGACGUCACGCUGUCUGAACGAACAGCCAACAUGCUCCGCAACGUGGAGAAGUCCCACUGGGUCACCUCCUACCAGCUUCACUACACAGGCACUGGGUCUACUAAUCCCUGGAGGUUGGAUGACUACCAUGAGAACACCGUUGACAAGAUCACUGGGAAGAUAACUCCCUACACAACACAGCUGAGGGAGCGAUCCCAACCCGUCCUGCUGCCCCCUAAACCACGAGACGGGCGCAAGGCCAGAAUACGCCAGGGCCGUCAUAAGGUGGAGAGCACCUACCGCCCUCCUGUCACUGCCCCAGCAGCAGAGUCCCACAGCACAGACCAGACUUCCUCACAUAAUCACCAUGCUGGGCCUCUGGGAACUAUGUCUGGUCACCAAAGUCAUCAGGAGAUAAAGGGGAACCCUUCUAUUCAGGACGGCCAUCCCAACAACAGCCACGGCCACUCAGAGCUCAGUGUAGCCAGGCCUGGGGCUGGAGAUGUGUCUGUGCCGGAGCCUGCUCAGGUGUCUGGCUAUGUGUUCCCUGGUCACCACCUUCAAGAUCAAGGCUCCAGGUGUGAGAGGUGUGGGGAGGAGAGGUGUGAGUGCCAGGUCAAGGAGGUCAGAGAAGGGCUCUAUCACCCAGGGCCAGGGGCAUCAGACCCCCAGCAGAGCAGCCAGGCUCCCAGAGCCUCCCUGGAGAAGGUCACAGACACAGAGAGCUCUCUGGCCUUGUACAGCUGCCAGCUGCCCCAUUCUCCCCUGAAUGAGACCACAGAGGUCACCAAAGAGAAUAACACCCAGAGAGGGGUAUGGUACGAGGACGUUCCUAGCAGCAAGAAGCAGAGCUACACAGCAUCAGGGGGUAGGGUGUUCAGCCUGAGCCAGCCAGCUCCAGCAUUGGCUACUAACAACACAGGGGCGACAUAUGAAUCUGAGACAGAGCUGUCUGCUGCUGAUCUGGUCUCUCCCAACAUCCGUAACUGGCGUUCAGGUGGGAAUGUAGUUCUGGGUUCUGAGAUGACUGUCAAUCAGACCCUUGAAGAACAGGAUUGGGAGUGGCAGAACAGAGAGAUCCCCGUCCCACGCAGUAUCUCCAACCCCUGUAUCCAACCCCGUCCACAUGCCCUGCCUUCCACCCACCCAGGGGAGAGGGGCCGGUGCCAGCUGGCCCUGUUGGAGCUCCAGGACUCCUUCAGUAAGUCGGAGGUCCACCGUCUCUUCCACAGCUCCCUCCAGGGGGGCGCGGUCCACCUGCAGGACAAUGUACACACCGGGAGAAAGCACCGCUUCUACGGCUUCAACUCCUUCUAUUUCCACAACUGAGCACUGUAUUGUAGACCUACCACUAUGCCCACAGUCUGUAGGGAGAGGAAGACAUCAGAGGGCUUCGUGAAUUGAAUGGGUCUACGGUCUACAACGUUAUCUCUUCAUGAUGGGAAAUCCAACCAUAUACCGUUGCUUACUCAAAGCUACUGACAUGUCUAUCUUAUGAUGUCUAUCUUAUGAUGUCUAUCUUAUGAUGUCUGUCUUAUCAUGUCUGUCUGAUGUCUGUCUUGUGUCUAUCUUAUGAUGUCUGUCUUAUCAUGUCUAUCUUAUCAUGUCUAUCUUUCCAUGUGCAGAUGGUUCUAAUAAAAUCAUCCAGAAGUA